AUGUCCAGCGACAAGGAUAACGGCGAGGUUGCUGUGCAGGAACAGCAUCAGCACCUGUCCAAGUGGCGCGUCAGCUCACCAUUUUUCCAGGCCGUUCUGGUUGGAUUUGUUCUUUUCCUUAACCCCGGAACCUAUCUCGCUAUCACAGGUCUCGGCGCCGGCGGAAAACAGCCCGAGCUGAUUGGGAUCGUCAAGGAUGCUGAUGUCGUUCUUUACACCCUUUUUGGUGCAUCUGCAGUUGUUGGUGGCGGCGUAAUCAACAAGAUCGGACCUCGAUAUUCCGUUAUGAUAGGGGUUACUGGCUAUCCAGUGUACUGCGGUUCUCUCUGGUGGAUAGACAAAGGCGAGGGAAAAUGGUUCGUGUUGUUCGGUGGUGCGUGGCUAGGUCUUUCAGCUGGCAUUUUAUGGGCCGUGCAAGAACCGAGAAUGACCCUCAUCACGUUAGCGAUCUACAGCUGCGAGAUGUACCUGUCGCUAUUGGGGUCAUUCAACUCCUUCUACUCUAAUUCGAGAACAAGAUCGUUAGCAAACUUUUGCUAUUGGACCAUCCAGGUCAUCGGCUCAGCCGCCAUCGCAUGGACAUGCGACGCAAACAUCUUUGGCCGCCGUCGCCGUCGCGCCUUCAUCUCCGCCGCCUUCGUUGCCGCUAUCAUGGGCGGCACCUGGAUCGCUCUUCUGGCCUUUCUUGUCUCCAACGACUUUGACCGUGCCAGCCCUGUCAUCGGCAUCGACUGGACGGAUGGCCGACGUUUCGCUGGCCCCUUUGCACUCUACAUGUUCCUCGGCGCUUCAUACCCGAUGUUCCAAAACUUCUCGAUAUGGGUGUAUACCACCUUCCCAAACGAGCCGCGGACGCUCGGCCGGUACAGCGGGUACUUUAAGGGUGUUCAAGCGUUCGGCACGGCCACUGCUUUUGGGAUCGAUUCAAGAUAUGUCCCGUUUCUCCAUCAAGCCAUCGUGUACGCGACUUUGAUGCUUGGGGGCCUAGGGCUGGCGUCAGUUAGUGUGUAUCGAUAUACGAGUGAUACGAGGUAUGGCCAGGAGGAAGUGGUCGUUGUUCCGGAGGAGUUUGAUGGAGGUUCCUAA